AUGGAACAACCUCAGGGUUUCCAAGAUAAAGAGCAACCAGAUUCUGUCUGCAAACUACAUAAGGCCAUUUAUGGUCUCAAACAAGCACCAAGAGCAUGGUUUACAUGUCUCUCGGCUGCGCUGCUUAGUCAUGGAUUUCGGGCUUCUCUUGUUGAUACUUCUCUAUUUAUUUUCCUGCAUGGUGAUAUUCAAAUUUUCAUCUUGAUUUAUGUAGAUGACAUCAUUAUCACUGGUACUCACAGCAAGGUUAUUUCAUCAAUUAUCUCCAAGCUUCAAUUGCAAUUUCCUCUUAAAGAUUUGGGUCCUCUCCAUUUCUUCCUAGGUGUACAGGCCACCUUCUCCUCAAAUGGACUUCAUUUAUGCCAGACAAAGUACAUUUCAGAUCUCUUACACAGGACUCGGAUGCUUGGUGCUAAGCCCUCCAAAUCCCCGUGUUCCUCAGGUGCCAAACUAUCAAAAUUUAAUGGUGAGAUUCUGCCAGAUCCAUCUGAAUAUCGUCAUGUGGUUGGUGCCUUACAGUAUUGUACUCUUACUAGACCUGAGAUAGCAUUCUCUGUUAAUCAGCUAUGUCAGCACAUGCACUCUCCAUCUUCUACACACUGGACUGCUGCUAAGAGGGUUCUUAGAUACCUCAAAGCUACACCCUCACAUGGUCUUUUCUACUCCAAAGGACCUCUGCAACUCCAAGCUUUUUGUGACUCCGAUUGGGCUGGUAGCCCGGAUGACCGCCGCUCAACAUCAGGAUUUUGUGUUUUUCUUGGUAAUUGUUUAAUCUCAUGGUCAGCCAAGAAGCAACCGGUUGUCUCUCGUUCUAGUACAGAGGCAGAAUACCGUUCAAUGGCCAUAGCAACCGUGGAACUUUAUUGGUUAAGAAUGCUUUUCAAAGACUUGUCAAUACCACUUCUUCAUGCUCCAAUUCUCUGGUGUGACAAUGUGAGUGCAUUAGCCUUGGCAUCAAAUCCCGUAUAUCAUGCUAGGACAAAGCAUAUAGAAGUCGACUAUCACUUUGUCCGAGAGAAAGUCAUCAAUGGGGAUAUUUUGAUUAAGUUCAUCUCCACCCUUGAUCAAAUAACGGAUAUAUUUACAAAGGGCCUUUCAACAACUCGGUUCACGUUACUAAAGUCCAAGCUUUUGGUUGAUUCUCCUCCCAUAAGCUUGCAGGGAACUGUUAGUGAACCUCCUCCAACCAGCAGCUCCACAUCAUCAGCAGACGCUCAAGACUACUCUUCAUCACGUGUUAUCUCCAACGGCAUACCACAAGACACGGUCAUAUCCAGUUAUCCUUAG